AUGGAGACAAGAAGUAGGAUAUUCACAAGUUCUGGCAGCACCAGUAACUUGUCAAAUGCAGAGGAAAAUACAUUACCUGCUAAUAUCCACCAUCAUCAAGUGAAUGUAGAGAAGGAAACAGAUCCAAUACCUAAUUUUAAAAGAACAGUCGAUUCGAAUAAGAAGAUUUCUAAUAUCUUUAGGCGAAUUGUGAGAAGUUGUUGCAAUAAGAUUCCAUUUUUUGGUAGUUUUACUUCAUCAAAUGAUGAAAGUAUUGUUGGAAGAAAAGUUGUGGAACAAACUUCCGAAACCAAUUUUCCAUAUUGUAAAAUAUUAAUGCUAGUAAUACUUGGUUUUCUAAUUGCCUCCUUUAUAUUGGGAGUUGUACUUUACAUGAUUGUUUCCCGAUGGGUAAGAGAUCAAGCAGGUGAUUUUAUUGUUCAUGAAAUUGUUCGUAAAGGAAAUUUAAAACACAUUUUACAACAAGUGGUUGAUCGUGUUUAUUUGUAUGAUGUUGAGGGAGAUUUCAAAAAUCCAAGAUAUCAACUUGCAGUGGAUACUUCUCAUGAUGGUGAAUUCUCGGUUCUCGUUCAACACAUGUUAAAUAAUCCAGAGUUUGAGAAUUAUGAAGAACAAAUCCAUAGAAAUGAGAAGAGAUAUACCAUUGUUGAUAUUGGAGCUCAUGAUUGUGUUAGUGGUUCAAAUAGUUUCAAUUUUAUCAAGAUGGGAUUCGAUGCAAUUGUUGUUGAGCCAUCUCCAGUUAAUAUGAAAUUGUGUAAGAGUAAUUUGGAGAGAGCUAGAAGAACAUUUAAAUUUGAUCAACAUCAUCCUCGUCAACGUAUUGAAUUUGUGGAGGCUGCCAUUACUGAUGCUGAUGGAACAGCAACUUUGGGCAAUAGAGAUGAGAAGGAUAGUUGGGGAAUGCAAUUCUUUGUGGAUAAGGAGAAUCCAAAUGCUGGAAAUCUUGGUAAUGCUCCAGUUGUUAAAACUCUCAAAUUUGGAACAUUUGCUGCGGAAAGUGAGCUUCCAAAGAAGUUUUCAGUCUUGUCUAUCGAUGCUGAAGGUCAAGAUGUUAAGAUUUUAUUGAACUUCUUGAGAGAGGGCUAUAAACCAUUAUAUUUGAUUUAUGAAGGACUUCAUGGCACUGGUUUAAAGGUAGAAGUGAUGAGUACCUAUGGUUAUCAAUUGAUUGGUGAGAGAGGAUGGAAUCAAAUCUAUGUUUACAGAGUUGAAACUGAUACUAUUUUAAAGAAAAAGAAAUAG